AUGUCAUUUACGUCACAGAAAACAGGUUCCGUGACUUUGACGGAAAUUAGCACUGUACCAGUAACAGACAAUGAAUCAUACAUGACGGACUUUUUAACAGAUGAAGAUAAAAGACGAGAUAGAACAUGUUCCAUUAUUCGUCGCAGUACAUUUCGUCAUAUUCCAUCCACAUUCGAUACAUUAAGUCAAGAACUACAAAUAAUUAGACGUGUUACACCAAAAGUAUUAAUCUAUGAUAAAGAUACAGUUGAAGAAAAAUAUUAUGACUCCAUUGACAAUAUUCCUAUAAUAAAGAAUAAUGAAUGUUUAUGGAUUGACAUUAAUGGUAUGCAUGAUAAAGUAUUACUAUCGAGUAUUAGUCGACGAUUCAAGAUCCAUCCAUUAGUCAUACUCGAUAUCGAAACCAAUGAACAACGAACAAAAUUAGAUGUUUUUGAAGAUGCUUUAUUUCUUGUGGUUAAAUUAAUUUAUCCAGAUAAUAUUACACAAAAAACACACAUUGAACAAAUUAGUUUCUAUUUAAAAGAGAACAUUCUAAUAACAUUCCAAGAAAAAUCUAAUCAUAUUUUUGAUCGCAUUAAAAAUCGUAUUCGUCAAAAUAAAGGCCGUAUUCGAAGAUCAAAAAUUGAUUAUUUAUUCUAUUCAUUAAUUGAUACUAUCGUUGAUCAAUAUAUGGAUGUACUUAACAUAGUUAAUAUAAAAGUCGAAGCAAUUGAUCAUCAACUAAUGGAAACUUUAUCGCGUAAUACACUUGAAACAAUUUAUGAUCUUAAACGUGAUAUGCUUGAUUAUCGUCGUUUAAUAUCACCAUUAAAAGAAAUAAUAAAUCGACUACAAAAAGAAGAAGAAACACAAAUUAUACAAGAAAGUACAAUAAUUUAUUUAAAAGAUUUAUUUGAUCACGUUGUACAAGUUACUGAUACAAUUGAUACAUAUCGUGAAAUGCUUGCUUCAUUUAUUGAUUAUUAUAUGAUGUUAAAUUCUAAUGCCAUGAAUGAAGUUGUCAAAACGUUGACUAUUAUCUCAACAAUAUUUAUUCCUUUAACAUUUAUUGUUGGUAUAUAUGGUAUGAAUUUUGACAAAAUGCCUGAAUUACGUUGGCAAUAUGGAUAUUUUGUUGUACUUGGUUUUAUGGCUUUAUUAACACUUAUUAUGUUAGCUUGGUUUAAACGAAAAAAAUGGUUUUAA